AUGAAAAACAACAAGAUACGACAGUUACUGUCGGAGAUCCUCUCCGUCGUCUGGGCCGUUAGCUUUGCCUUCAUGGCCUGGAAAGCAGUAUGCAUAGCCACCGGGGCUACAUAUCCCAUUCUGGUGGUCACGUCGGAAUCCAUGGCCCCGGCAUUCCACCGGGGAGAUCUCAUUCUGCUCUGGAACCGCGUGGAAAAGAUCCACACCGGUGAUAUCCCUGUGGUGUGGUUCUCGGGCAACCUAUUACCAAUGGUCCAUCGCGCGAUCAAGGUGACUUACGAGGAACAAAGCGAUGGGUUGGCCCGACAGCUUAUCCUGACCAAGGGCGACAACAAUCCCCUCGACGAUGUCAUGAUGUCUCCUCCCGGGUGA